UGCCACAGCACAUUUAUUCCAAUAUUCAUACCACUACACUGGGACAACGGACCGACUGUUAAUCCCAAUAACAUUCUGAAUGGGUUUUCUUCCACUCACCACCACCACCACCACCACAACCAGCAACAGCAUCACCAUCCUCUCCCCUCGCUGCGCUGCAUGGCAACGGGAGGAGGAGGAGGCUGCUCUGGAUGAGGGAGGGUACCACGGUCCCACGUGUCUUCCUCCACCGCAGACCCAACGCGUUUCUCUUCGCCUUUUCCUAGGCUACGCGCACAAGCUCAUACACGCAUACAUACGCACCCGCGCAAAGCCUGUACAGCAUCCGCGGCGCGCGCUCUCCCGUUUCUUCCCCCUCACUGAUCAAUCCACGGGCCUGUAACGAUCCUCUCCUCCAUGAGCCUGUAGACAAUACUUCAUUUUUCAUUAUUCUGAUCUGAGAGGAAGUGGAAGAGAGGGAGAGAUGAGUGGACGCGCAUCAUCAGGCGUGUAACACAUUCACGUUGGAUCCUCGCCAUCGCUCCAGCCGCGCACCCCUCGCUCCGUCUCCUCUCCAUCGGCCGGGUUCGUGACACUCUGCGGCUCUCUCGAUGGUGUGAUCCGGGGGAAUAUGUGAAGAUCAUGCGGGCGGUGUGGUGCUUCAUGGUCUUUGCUGCAGUGGGCGAGAGGCUUGCAGUCUCAGGUCAACCUCAGGGAGGCUCAGGUUUGGACAGGAGCCCGGAGCAGGAUGGAGGCAUGUGGGGCUGGUUUAACCCGGCAGGACGGCCGGACAGCAGGGACACGGAGACCGAGAUCACCCACCCGAAGUGGCUGGUGCAGCAGAUCGAGUCGGAGGAGGAAGUGGGUCACGACUACCUGGAUACCAGGGUGAAGAACAGCACUGGGGACACACUGCCUCUUCACUUGGCCCAGAGCUGUUUCCGAGUGGAAGCCUUUGGACACACCUUCACUCUGGACCUGGAGCUAAACCAUCACCUCCUGUCUUCAGAAUACGUGGAACGGCACUUUAACCAGAAUGGCAGACCCUUGGAGUCUGCGGGAGGGGAGCACUGCUACUACCAGGGAAGGUUAAGAGGUUUACCAGAGUCCUGGGCUGCUGUCUCCACCUGCCACGGCCUGUGUGGCAUGUUUUCUGACGGCUUCUUCUCUUAUGGGAUCGAGCCCCUGAACAAUGGAACCAGUCAGGAUGAUGGCGCUCACUUAAUCCGCAGGAUGCCUGAUAUCAGACUCUCCCCCCACUGCACGGACUGUACAGAGGACAGUGAGUGGGAUCGCAGAGGAGGUGAUGGUGAUGACACGAGAUCAGACCAAAUGAGGGAGCAGCAGGUGUCCGGGGGCCUGAGGAGAGCCAAGAGAUUUGUUCGCAAGCCCUCUGUCCAGACCGAGACCAAAUACAUUGAGUUGAUGGUGAUCAACGACAAUGAAAUGUUUGUACAGCUGCGUAGCUCAAGCAGCCAAACCAAGAACUUUGCCAAAGCAGUGGUCAACAUGGCCGACGCGAUCUACAAGGAACAGCUGAACACAAGGAUCGUUCUGGUUGCCAUGGAGACCUGGACCUCUAAAAAUAUGAUGCCAGUCGUUGAGGACCCAUUGAUAACGCUGCAGAACUUCAUGAAGUACAGGAAGGACACCGUCAAGGAGCAGAGCGACGUUGUCCAUCUUUUCUCAGGGCGCACAUUUCACAGUAGCCGCAGUGGGAUGGCCUACACGGGAGGGGUGUGCUCUCAGAUGAGAGGCGGAGGAAUCAACGAGUAUGGGAAUGUCGGUGCAAUGGCCAUCACUCUGUGCCAGAGUCUUGGCCAGAACAUCGGGAUGAAGUGGAACAACGCCCGCAACUCUGCAGGAGACUGCAGGUGUCCGGAUGCCUGGCUGGGCUGCAUCAUGGAAGACACAGGAUUCUAUCUGCCCAGAAAGUUUUCUCGCUGCAGUGUUGAUGAGUACAUCCAGUUCCUGCUCCAAGGGGGCGGGAGCUGUCUCUUCAACAAGCCCAGCAAGCUGUUGGAUCCUCCAGAGUGUGGGAAUGGCUUCGUGGAGCCAGGGGAGGAGUGUGACUGUGGAUCUCAGGUGGAGUGUGCCCGGAGCGGAGGAGCCUGCUGUAAAAAGUGCACGCUCACCCAUGAUGCCAUGUGCAGUAAUGGACUCUGCUGCAGUGGCUGCAAAUACGAGCAGAGAGGCGUGGUGUGCCGAGACGCUGUGAACGACUGUGAUAUCCCAGAGACCUGCACUGGCGACUCCAGCCAGUGUCCUCAUAAUGUCCACAAGCUGGACGGCUACAUUUGCGAUAACAGUCAGGGCCGCUGUUAUGGUGGACGAUGCAGGACUCGUGAUGGACAGUGUAAAGGACUGUGGGGUUAUAAUUCAGCCGACAGGUUUUGCUACGAGAAGCUGAACGCUGAGGGGACAGAAAAAGGCAACUGCGGUCCAGGUCCUGAAGGCCAGGGCUGGCUGCAGUGCAACAAGCCGGAUGUUUUAUGUGGCUUCUUGUUCUGUGCCAAUGUGACGAUGAAGCCAAAGUUCGGAGACCUGCAGGGUGAGGUGACCAGCUUCACCCUCUACCAUCAGAACAAGUACCUGGACUGCAGAGGCGGCCAUGCUCUGCUGGAGGACGGCUCUGAUCUGGGCUAUGUGGAGGAUGGCACUCCCUGUGGUCCCAACAUGAUGUGUUUGGAGCGGCGCUGCCUCCCUGUGGCGGCGUUCAACCACAGCACCUGUGUUGGAUCCAACUUUGGCCGCAUCUGUUCUGACCACGGGACCUGCAGCAACGAGGUGAAGUGCAUCUGUGACAGGGAUUACACGGGGAAGGACUGCAGCGUCUUUGACCCCAUCCCAGAGCCGACAGUCCCAACCGGCCCGGAGAAGAAAGGUCCCAGUGGCACCAAUAUCAUAAUAGGGUCCAUCGCAGGUGCUAUUCUCCUGGCAGCUAUAGUCCUAGGGGGAACAGGAUGGGGAUUUAAGAACAUUCGAAGAGGAAGAUCUGGUGGCGGAUAAGACGUCUGUCUCUGUGUCCAUCUCUAUUGUUCUGUCUACUCCUGUCUUCCUCCUCGCACUGUGUCAUUUCCACAUUGGAGAAGAGGGGAACAAAAAAAAAAAGAAAGUCUUCCACUCCUGACCCAAAAUCUCUCCAAACCUCUUCUGGUUUACCGUGUCCUCCACACGCCCCCUGUCUGCUCCUGUUGUCUAUCCUCCCCAGCCGGGCCCCGUAGAGCUCCUCUCAUCUCUCACCAGCCAAAUCGUAUCAGUGUGUCUGCGGCCAGCGGACCACUGACGGUGGCGUCAGGGCCUCGACCUGAGGCGAGGAGGUGGCUCUCUCUGCAGGAGAGUCUUUCUCCAGUGUGUUGGCUCUAAGAAGUUCUGCAGUGUCUGCGUCUCUCCUUCCUUACAUCUCAGACAGGCUGAUGAAGAACAUAUCAAUGUUGGCCCAAUUUAAGUCUCGUCUUUCCAAUGCCUGUCUACACACACUCUUUGGUCCUGGUUAAACACUGGACUUGUUGACUGGUUGUCCGACAGACUGAAUUCAAGUAACAGGAAGUGAACAGUUUCCUUUUUCUUAAAGGACCUGAGGCUCAGUUCCUCCAGGCAACGCCUCGAUUUCUCGACUUCGUCUCACAGUGGACGAAAUCCCAGACUGGACUGUUGUUUGCAUGUUUUCCAAAGAGAGACUGAGGAAGUACAAUGGAGUUUAUGUUUCAUUGUUAAUUGUGCUUUAUGUAGAGACAUCCCUCCCCUCUCCUCCCACCACAAGUUUUCAGGUACAAAAAAAAAAAAAAGGAAGUUAGGUGUGUUAUGGUUUUGGGAUCAUUUUCAAACACUGAACUUUGAAGCAGCAGAGACCGCAACUUAGUGUUUUCCUAUCACAGACAAACCGACAUACAUUCCACGAUAAUCUCGUCUGUGUGUGUGCGCUCACCAGUUUCAGGCCGCACUUGUACGCUUACGGAGGUUUACUGCGUGUGUUUGUUGCACGAGCGAAUGUGCAGGUGCGAGUUAUUUCUAAAGAACAAGGAAGAAUGUAUGUGUGUUUACAUUAGUGUUAGGGACAGUUGUGUGUCCAUGUACAUCUUGAACACUCCUGUCACAGAUAGAGAGGCAGGUUUUUACCUCUUUAAGAUCAUUCAUUUCUACAACCUGUUGUGCGCUGCAGCCAUGGCAACAAACGCAGCACAUUAAUAAGGAAUCCAACCGUUUUUAAUGUCAUGUAUCUACAGAAAAUGAGCACUAGCCAACUGUAUGCACACCACUUUGUAAAUAUGUGCAAGAUGUACUGAAUGUUACUGCACUGUAUGAAGAUUUAUUUAAAGCUAUGUUCAAAUUUAGUUUCAGCAAACGUAUAGCUAUCGGCCUCUCGACACGACCCACAUCUGCAAGAUCUCUUCUUUAGUCAGGCGCCUACUGUUUAUUUGUAAAGGCGGCGUUUACAGCUGAGGCCGCCGUCUCACCCUCUCUCGUAUCAUUCCAGCUAUCACUAAAAUGUCAUGAAUCUUUUGUACAUUUGUUGAUAGCCCCAAGGUCCACGGGCGAACGCCACACGCCUGGAGACUUUGUAAGAUUCCCACUGUUGUAAAUGAGAUUAAUAUAAGAGAUCUAGACUGGGGUCCAAGAGGCAGCUUUGUCUGACACGUGUUAUGAGGUCAGUUUGGUUUGUUUGAGCUUUGCACUAUGGCAGAUGCACUAUUGUUAUAUUACAAUAUGUACAGAGUUGGUAUCAAAUACAAUCUUUGUUUUGAUCCGUGAAAUUGAGGGGGAAAAAAAGAAAAAAGAAAAUGAGAUGCAUCUCACCCCAUAUUUUUAGACACUAUCUUUUUGAAUAUAGACGAGAAUAAUGAAAUGAACUAAGAAAAGUAGAUGGAUGGAAAUUAAGGGAAAAUAAAAUACUAAAACAUUGAAUCACAAAUCCUAUUCUCGCAUGUCCCCAUCGUUCCAUGUUGGUAUUUGCUUUUUAUGCUGUUAACUUGGGGUUUUAUUUGAUUUUCUGCUUUAAAAAACAUUUUAAUAUCUUUAUCUUACGUUAAAUUAAAGUAAAAAGAAAUUAAAGACACAAUUUUGUAACUAUACAUACAAUAUUUUUGCCUGGAAUUAAUUAUAGGGCUGUAAUUGCUUAUUUUUAUUUUCAAUUCAUGUAUUUUUGUUUUACUAGUCAAAAUGACAGGAAA